AUGGACUCUGCUCUGCGGGCGCUCUGGACGGCAUUGCUGGUCUUCGUGGCCGCUCUACACAUGGCGACGGCGCAAUCGAUAUCGCCGACGAAUGCGACGAGCGGCACCGCCUUGGAACAAGAUGGCCUGGAGGAAGCUAUUGAGAUUGGCAUCUCGCAGAACGAACACGCCGCGCCGAUGGCCAUAUUCUCAGUCGCAGGCUUGACAGCGGACUCGCAACGCUACACACCGGAAAGCGGCCUGUCCGGCAAUAUCAUCCUUGCGAACGCCUCCAGUCAACUGACGAUUGCGCAAGACAAUCUUGUGCUGAUAUCAUGCGACCCUUAUAGUGGCAACAUCCAGCCACAAGAUGUAUUCGAUAGUGCAAAGGAGACCAACGUUGGUGCCAUCAUUCUCUUCUCGGAGCGUGCUACUGGAUGUCAACUGACCGGCACCGAUUCGAACUACCGCGCCAUUUAUUCCACGAUCAGCUCCCGAAACGCUUCAGACUUGAUCGGCGUCAUGAACAGUCAAGAUGCGGACAGACCAGCGUAUGCACAGAUUGCGCCGCGCGAUGCGUUGGCGAGCAUUGCACGGUCGCAAAACGGCAGCUCGAAUGGCCAGAACAACCACCAGACGAACCCUCUCGGUCCUUCGCCCAGUACGGCGGUGGCUAUGAUCAUUCUCUAUUCGAUUACUGGCAUCAUCACGGCAUUGUUUCUGGUUAUCAUCAUUACCGGCGCGGUCAGGGCGCAUCGACACCCAGAAAGAUAUGGUCCCCGAACUGGAAUCGGAAGGCCGAGGCAGAGUAGGGCGAGAGGAUUGGCAAGAGCUAUGUUGGAGACUAUACCGAUCGUCAAGUUUGGGGAUCGCGAAGGAGAUCAGCCCAAGCCGGCAGAUGUUGAGUCCGCCGAAGGAGCACAUGGAUCGGUGGAGAUGCUGCCGGUGCAAGAUGGUGUACAGCAGCCACAGGACACCACAGCGGACGAGACCACGCGAGACGUUGCUGCGGGCUCUGAAUCAAGCAACGCUGAUGAAGGCGGUAUUGCUGCUGCUGCAGCAGUGCAAACGUCACCUAAGGUAUCGGACGACGAUAACCCAUGUUGUAGCAUCUGCACGGAAGAGUUCCAGCGAGGAGAGGACCAGCGUGUACUGCCAUGCGACCAUCGUUUCCACCCAGCAUGCAUCGAUCCGUGGCUCCUGAAUGUGUCCGGCACAUGUCCAUUGUGCAGAAUCGAUUUACGCCCACCAGCCUCCCGAGGCUCAGUCGACGAGACCGACGAGCACGGCAACCCGAUCGCACGCGACGAGAACGGCGAACGAUUAGCACCACCCCUCGCCGAUGCUGACGGCAAUCGGCGAAGCGUACGACGAAGUCCCUUGCAUGGUCUGAUCGGCAGCCGACCAGAACGAAUGACCAGAGAAGAGCGCGUCGCAGCACUACGACGGUACAGAGACCAACAGGCUGCCAGGACUGAUGAGCAGACACAAAGAACAAAUCAGGCACUAGAUGAAGAGACCAGCGUGCGAAGGAGGCUCAGAAACGCUUUCCGCAUCCGCACCAGGAGAACUGGUGAGAAUGGUCAAACUGUUGAGACAGAACAACAGGCGGCUCCAGCCGAUGCGGCGACACAGGAUAAUGCUGCAUCGAGCAGGCCUUCAUAA